UACGCACUCUACCACUGUCUAGGCACGGAUUUCCAGCCCCCAGUUCCUUGCUUGGACCUUCUCGCAUCUAUUUCCGACUGUGUUAACCCUUUAUCUAAACAAUUAUCCGGCACUGACCGCUGGAUUCUCUCGCGGCUCUCACAUGCAGUUGCGGAAUGUGACGCCGGCUUCACUCAGUUCCAGUUCCCUCGAGUUACUACGGCUAUAUUCAACUUUUGGUUAUACGAACUUUGUGAUGUCUAUCUGGUGAAUUUUCACUAUUAUUUGAUAAUUGACAUAACCAUCAAACUUAUUUGA